UCUACCCGGAAGCAAGAGAUGGCUGACUUGUCCCUCGUGUGCGCGGCAUCGCUCCCACUCACUCUGCUCGCGGCCUACGCGCUACAACCACUGGCCGACGCGCGCCGACGCCUCCCGCCCGGCCCCAGGCCACUCCCGCUCCUCGGUAACCUCCUCGACAUCGGCGAGCACCCUCACCGUUCCUUCGCCAGCCUCGCCGACAUCCACGGCCCGCUCAUGUUCGUCCGCCUCGGCACUGUCCCAGCCGUCGUGGCCACCUCGCCGGAGGCCGCCCGCGAGGUCCUGUAGAAAAAGAACGCC